GAACGCACACGUAAUAAGUCCUCAAGAAAUUCUUACCGAACCACAGAACUAAACGUCGUCCACGCUCAUAGAAUCUAAUUAAGCAAGUCUUGUGAAAUUCUGCACUUGGGUCAAGAACCUGUUUUAUUUUUCGUAAACUCUCCGGUUGUGUAAUGUUGACAUAAGAGUUGAUCAAGGAAGCCUACGAUCAUGACUGAAUGUCUUCAAAUACUCAGCGCCAUUGCGUUGGUGUUCGUUGCUGUCUAUUAUUACUUAACAUCAUCCUUCGAUUUUUGGAAAAGUAAAGAUGUACCUGGACCUGAUCCGAUACCUGUAUUUGGGAAUACUAAAGAUGUUUUCUUCAGAAAAAAACAUCUUGGCGUCUAUAUAAGGCAGCUGUAUGAAAAAUACAAAAAUGAGCCCCUUAUUGGAAUCUUUAUAAACAGUACUCCUAAUGCUAUCGUAUGUGACAUGGAUCUCAUUAAGGAUGUUCUCAUCAAAGAUUUUUCUGUUUUCGAUCAUCGUGGAGUCGUUAUUAAUGGGAAGGUGGAACCAUUAUCCGAACACAUCUUCAAUUUAGAAGCAAAGAGAUGGCGGCCACUACGGACAAGGCUCUCGCCUGUUUUUACAUCUGGAAAACUCAAGGAAAUGUUUCACUUGAUAAUGGAAUGCUCGGAGCACUUAGAGAAAUAUUUGGUGAAACUAGAAAAAGAAGGGGUGCCGAUAGAGUGUCGCGAGGUAGCAGCAAGAUUCACGACUGACGUUAUCGGUAGCUGUGCUUUUGGUAUUAACGUGAACGCAUUAUCGAAUGAAGAAAGUGAAUUUCGGCGAAUGGGAAAGAAGGUUUUCUCAACUUCGCUAUGGGAUACCUUAAGGUUUACAUUCCGAGAAUUUCUGCCGAAAUUAUACUUCUUUAUUAUGUCUCUACAACCGUAUUCGCAUCUUACUUCAUUUUUCGUACGAGUUGUAUCGGACACUAUCAAGUAUAGAGAAGAAAAUAACGUGAUUAGGCCAGAUUUCGUGAACAUGCUGAUAGAGUUAAGGAAUCACCCAGAGAAGUUACAAGAUAUUGAAUUGACAGACAACUUGCUAGCUGCGCAAGCGAUGGUCUUCUUCGCAGCUGGCUUCGAAACAUCAUCGACUACUAUCUGUCACGCUCUUUAUGAGAUGGCGCUGAAUCCGCAGGUGCAAGAAAAAUUGCGUGCAGAAAUUAAAGAGUUUAGUAUAAAAAACAAUGGCUCCAUCAAGUAUGAUGAUAUAAAAGAAAUGAAAUAUUUAGACAAAGUUUUUAAAGAAACACUGAGGAAGUAUCCUCCAGGAGCUUUGUUGAGGAGAAAAUGCAACAGCGACUAUACCUUUAGUAAUACGAAAGUAACAAUUCCUAAAGGUACUAGAGUAUUUGUUCCGGUAUUAGGACUUCAUCAUGAUCCCAGCAUUUAUCCAAAUCCAGAAGUCUUUGACCCAGAAAGAUUUAAUCAUGAUGCAGUUGCACUGAGACAUCCAAUGAGCUACUUACCUUUUGGAGAUGGACCACGAAAUUGCAUUGGUGCACGUUUUGCAGUUUACCAAACGAAAGUGGGCAUAAUAAAAACACUAGAAAAUUUUAAAGUCGACGUUUGUGGAAAAACAAUGAUUCCGUAUGAAAAUAAUCCACGUUCCUUAGUAUACGGUCCAAAAGAGGGAAUAUAUUUAAAACUAAGUGAAGUAACAAAUUGAGCUAAGACGUAAAAGAGAUUAAAACAAGGUUCAAAAUGUUAACAAACAGAUAUCAAAGUAUUAUUAAAACUACAAAAUUCGUUACAUUUCUCAUAAUUAUUGUGUCCAUGUGGUAAACAGCCGAAGGUAAUUCGGUAAAAUAAAGUAAGAAAGUAGUGUAUAAGUCUGUACUUCCGAAAUAGAUCUGUCGCCGAUCAAUAUGGCGUUUGGAGGGGAGAUGGGGGAGCAGAGUUAGACGACAAAUAUAAAAUAUUGGUUUCGGCCAUUUACUAGUUUUCAAGAUAUUAAUGAAAAAUCUAAACUAAGCUACUGUUGUUUACAGUACAAAGUUCGGGCCACAUUUUCCAUUUUAGAAUUUACUCUGGCACAGAGUGGCCAGGGAUUCCUAUAAUUGCCACGUGACUCCAUUCGUGACGUCAGGGAUCAGCAGCUGCGCAGAGUGGUUGAAGCGUCCGUUGAAGGGCAGCGCAGUAGACUUAUGUGAGUCACGUGACAACCUGCUUCAGCACGGUACAACAAUGCAAGGAAAUUGAUUUUGUAUGUCGAGCAGCGACGGUCGGUUUUUAUACAUUACCUUUAUAAUUGUAGCAUGGAGAGAUUCUUUUAAUAAAAAUGAAUGAUGGAAUCGGAUUUAUUAAUAAGCAAUCUACAUAUAAUAAUAGGUAUGUCGAUAAAUUUAUUCCGAUUCACAGCCUGUUUGAACCCAUUUUAAUACGUCAGAAGAAUCUCAGCUAUUCAUUGCAGCUACAAUUAUAAAGAUAUCCUUACUGAUAUAAGCCUGUCCUGACACUGUAUUAUAAAAUGUAAAAUAUAAAACGUAAAACGUAACACGUAACACACGUAACAGAUGUAAAAUGUAAAAUUUAAAUUUCGAUUUUUAACCGUACAGGACUGUGUCAUUACCAUUAAUACCAUAAACACUAAUUUAAAGUGCAACUUUCUUAAAAUGUCUGGUAUGAGAUCGUGCUAAUGUAAAACAAAUUGUGUGUGAGAAGAAAUAAAACCAAAAUGACAUUUUAAAA